AUGGUCCCUGUACAGUCUUUCACAGGUGGGCUGCUGGGCACAGGUGGGGCUGCUGGUCACAGGUGGGGCUGCUGGUCACAGGUGGGGCUGCUGGUCACAGGUGGGGCUGCUGGUCACAGGUGGGGCUGCUGGUCACAGGUGGGGCUGCUGGUCACAGGUGGGGCUGCUGGUCAUAGGUGGGGCUGCUGGUCACAGGUGGGGCUGCUGGUCACAGGUGGGGCUGCUGGUCACAGGUGGGGUUGCUGGUGCUGGUGCUGGCGGCUGGCGCUGGUGCUGGUUCCUGGUGCUGGCAGCUGGCACUGGGGCUGGUUCCUGAUGCUGGCGGCUGGCGCUGGGGCUGGUUCCUGGUGCUGGCGGCUGGCGCUGGUGCUGGUUCCUGGUGCUGACGGCUGGCACUGGGGCUGGUUCCUGGUGCUGGCGGCCGGCGCUGGGGCUGGUUCCUGGUGCUGGCGACUGGCGCUGGGGCUGGUUCCUGGUGCUGGCGGCUGGCGCUGGGGCUGGUUCCUGGUGCUGGCGGCUGGCGCUGGGGCUGGUUCCUGGUGCUGGCGGCUGGCGCUGGGGCUGGUUCCUGGUGCUGGCGGCUGGCGCUGGGGCUGGUUCCUGGUGCUGGCGGCUGGCGCUGGGGCUGGUUCCUGGUGCUGGCGGCUGGCGCUGGGGCUGGUUCCUGGUGCUGGCGGCUGGCGCUGGUGCUGGUUCCUGGUGCUGGCGGCUGGCGCUGCGACCGCCGGUGCGACGGGCGAGGUGCAAGGUGGCGCUGGCUGCAGUCGAUGGCGCAAACGCGAUCGCGGGCCGCUGGCGACUUCGCUGGCGACUUCGCUGGCGGGUCGCUGGCGGCGGGUCCGCUGGCGUUCGCCAUAG